GAAUGGCCCUUGAAAAGAGCAGAAAGCUACGUACGGCGUCGUGAGAAUCGCAAAAUUUAUAGACCAGAACACGCUAGCCUCGCACCCAGGCUAAUCGAACGCAUACUCUCGCACCCGGAUUGCCCGGUCGACCAGCGCCAUUUUGUUCUGGGCUGCCAAAGCGUGUUCGCCGGCGACCAGCAGACAUGGCUAGCGCUAGCUCUAGGACUCCAAAGUGCGGAAAUGUGCCCGUUCACGCGAAUCCAAAGUACAAGAAGUCAUCUGGGCAUCGUUGCGUCGUGUUUGGAUGCCAAAAUAACCAGCGGAAAAGGAGCAGGUUGCUUAGCGCUGUUUGCGAAGAGCACAAUACACGUAGGGAAUCGUGCCGGUGCGGUGUUUUCAGCCUGCACCGAUUUCCAACCGCAACGAAGAAUGACAAGCUGCGCCACCGGUGGAUAGCUGCAGUGAAUAGGAAGAACUACCAACCCAGUGAAAAUGCACGAGUUUGCUCCGAGCACUUUCUGGACAAGCCCACAGAGCAGAAUCCCGCGCCGGUGCUUCGCCUUGGCUAUAACAAGAAGGUGGUGAAGGGCAGGCAUCUGCUAAUCAGGCAGUCAAACGACCUCGCCAGUUGGUUGCCAAACGCGGCCAAAGCAGUAGUGACCAUGACAAACAAGACCAAACUGAAAGUGCAGAGGACAAUGUUCUGCGUGCUUUAAUAAAAUGUGGCACCAACACAGUGC